ACAAGAGUAAAUAUUGGCAGUGAGUUAAAAGGUGGAGAAGACCUAAGGCCAAUUUAUACUUCUGCAUCAAACUUAAGUUGUAGCGCACUCUCACUGGAUAAAUGUUGGCUACUGCAUAGGUUCGAUGUAUGAAUUGAGCUUUAGAGCUCAAAAAGACUACAAGACCGAUGCCAAGCUUGCAUUUUUUUCUCCUGAACAGAUCUGCUGAAUUGAAGCCCCUGAUUACCCACAGUCCUUCAUUACGGUCUGGCUUGUCAUUUGGAAAAGAGCUUCUAACGAGUGGGAAUGUGAGCAGCUUCAGCGUCUCAGAGCAGGAACCAGGUGUCACCUGGACCUUACUGAAGAUCAGAUGAGUUUCUUUUACAGCAGCCCAGAGAACCAUGUAACCUUUAGAACCCUAUACAGUUAAUUUCAUUCCAUCUAGAAAUAUUAUACCAGAAUAUCAUAGUCUGUCCUGCAUCUCUCUGCACAGGAGCUGAGCUGUGUCCGACUCUGUUAUUAUCUGUUUGGGUCUUUUUUUUUAAAGAAACAGAACGAGAAAAGGAAUGCACAUUUACGGAACAAAGGAUUUAUGUAUUGACUUAAAAAAACUUUUAAAGUAGAUUUAACGUGAUGAAUUUUAAUGUACUAAGUUUGUUUUCCCAACUUAAAAAGAUUCUACAGAGUAUUAGUAAUUAAUAAAGCCUUAAUUAGACAUUUGUAAAUGAUUUAUUCACUACUUAUUAAGCUUUAUUCUGUGUAAGUGUUAUUGGUGCAUAAUUAGGGGUCUAUUAUGUGUAAAUUAUUAAUAAUGGCUGUAUUAGUUCUUAUAGUGCAAAAUAAACAGUUAAGUUAGCACCCUGUUAAGCAGAUUGUUAAGCAUUAACUAAUAAUAGCUAAUUCUACAUGUUAUUAGUGUAGAAUUGGCAGCAGUUUAAUUUGUGUGAGUUUAGCAAGGUUAUCGAGUCUAUUAAUGUGAAUCUGUAUGUUAACUUUGUUUCAAAAUGUUAUAUAUUUAUUCUAUUUGAUUUUAUUUAUAUUAGAUUUAGGCCUGCCUGUUUUACCAAAAUAUCAGCUUUUUUUUUUAAAACAGCAGUUUUAUUUUAUUUAAUAUUAUUACUGUAUCAGACUUUAUUAUGUUGUGGGUAAAACUGACGGGGGAAGUUGCCAAUCUCCUGUCUCCCGGGGGUUGCCUUAGUUUUGAGGCAGGGUUGUUUUGGGAGUAGAAAGAGUGCGCCUGCGAGCGAGGUUUUUUUUUUUCUUGCUGAGGAGUUCUGAUCAGGUGGAGUAAAGUGGAAUAUUUUGCACUAUUGUCUCGGUUGUUUCUCUUUAAUUCCUUCAAGUAACAAUAGUACUAGUAUGUUUUUUAAAGCUCUGCACAGAUCUGAUUGGUAGAGGAGAGCAUUUGGUGAUCUUACAACACACAUAAUUGGUCUGUAAGAUUACUGCGCCGCAAUAAAGCAUGUAAACCAUAAAGACAAUAAAUGUUCCGGUGCUUUAAAUGAACACGGUCAGAAUUAAAUCCUUCUCAGUAAUUUAUCGAUUUGGGUCCGGAUUGGACAACGUCUGGGCCCAGAUCCGGACUGCGGUCCGCCUAUUAGUGAGUGUAAAUGAACAGUAAAUUUACCUGUUAAAAAACACUUUCUCAUUGUUUAAAAAAAAAUACUACUGUUGCACUCAGAAUUAAACAAAUAGCGCUAAGAGUCUCUUAUAGAGAUUUAUACUCAAUCACACCCACAAAGAAGAACACAAUUCUUAUUUACUAUACUCAAUGUAAAAUAUAAAAUAAUGAGCAGCAAGUUUUAAAGCAAGUUUUCUGUUUUAGAAUUUAACCUCAGUGAGAAUAUUAAACUGAUAAACGUCACUCUGACGUUGUGAGGUAGGGGUGUUGCUGUGUAGAGAGUUUUGAAAAGAAGUGUGUAACGCUGGUUAGCAGCUAUAGAAAACUGUAACAGCAGCAUUGCUGCCCUCAGGGCGCGAGUGGGCGGGAUCACAGAGAGUUCAGUCUUUCUCGCGGCUGUGAUUGGUUCUCUCUUUCUCUCUCUCUCUCUCUCUCUCUCUGUCUGUGUGUGUGUGUGGAGUGUGUGGAGCUGCAGGAGGAGGAGGACAGUGGACAGUGUAAAGGAUCAGCAGCGUGUGUGUGUCUGUUCCUCAGCUGAAGAUGAAGCAGUUUUCUGGUUUGAGGAUGAGCUGGUUUUGGAUGCUAGUGUUUUGGGUGAUGUUGCAGAUCUUCAAGACAGUAAACAGUCAGAUUGCGGCUCCACGGAAAUUACGCUUUAAAGUUUUGGGAUCAAGUCAGUUACACGUAUCCUGGAAAGAGCCAAAAGGGGAAAUCGAUGGCUAUAGGUUAAUGUACAGCAGUGAUCCAGGUGGGGAGUGGAGCGAGAUCCUGAUAGGGAAGGGGGAGAACAAGGCAAUAAUAAACGACUUCAAUCCCACGAAGGAGUUCUCGGUGAAGGUCAUAGCUGUGAGUGGAAACCAGCAGAGCCGAGCUCUUCAGGGGAACUUUGCGGUGGAGAACCGGGAGUCUGAUGGCGAGGACACGCAGCAGCAGAGACUAAAAGACACCACGCUUACAGAGGAGACAACACAGAAAUCAUCCUUAGUGGGGCAGUUUGUGUGUACGACCCCGGCGGUGGCGGACAUCGUGGUGCUGAUUGACGGCUCGUGGAGUAUCGGGAGGCUGAACUUCCGUCUGGUCCGCACGUUCCUGGAAAACCUGGUUAAUGCCUUUGAUGUUGGAACUGAUAAAGUGCGAAUAGGAUUGGCCCAAUAUAGUGGAGAUCCCAGGAUUGAGUGGCAUCUGAAUGCCUUCGCCACUAAAGAAGCUGUGAUUGAUGCCGUCAGAAACCUGCCGUAUAAAGGAGGAAACACACUGACAGGUCUUGCCCUGAACUACAUUCUGACGAACAGCUUCAAACCAGAAUCUGGGUCUCGAAGCAACAUUCCAAAAAUUGGAAUUCUGGUCACUGAUGGAAAAUCCCAGGAUGCUGUUGAUGUUCCUGCGCAGAGUCUUCGAGAUGCUGGAGUCGAACUCUUCGCUGUUGGAGUAAAGAAUGCAGAUGAAAAUGAACUUAAAAUCAUCGCCUCAGAACCGGAUGAAACACACGUCUACAACGUGGCGGAUUUCAGCAUCAUGAGCACGAUUGUGGAGGAACUGACUCGCUCUGUGUGUGACAGAGUGGAGCAGCAGGACAAAGAGAUCAGAGGAGAUGUGGUCCCUGAGGAGACAGAGGGCGCUCCUGAGAACCUGCAGACGUCUGAUGUGACGGCACAGAGUUUCCGCGUGUCCUGGACUCACGCUCCGGGCCGUGUGGAGAAAUACAGAGUGGUUUAUUAUCCGUCUAAAGGAGGAGACCCAGCCGAGGUGGUGGUGGAUGGUUCAGAGAGUGUGGCGGUGUUGAGGAAUCUGAAUUCUCUGACAGAGUACGAGAUCGCCGUGUUCGCCAUUUACACCUCCUCUGCCAGCGAUGCACUCCGGGGCAGCGAGACCACACUGGCCCUGCCAAUGGUGACUGGUCUAGAGUUGUAUGCCGUUACCCAUAACUCCAUGCGUGUUCGCUGGCAGGCUGCAGAAGGGGCUUCUGGCUACACGGUUCUGUACGUUCCUCUUAGUGGCGAGAACAUGACGGAGGUUACAGUAGGCAUGGUGGAGACGGAUCUGGAUCUGGUGGGUUUGAGUUCUGAUACUGAAUACACUGUAACUGUUUACGCCUUGUUUGGAGAGGAGGCCAGUGACCCCGCCACCGCCCAGGAGACCACCCUGUCUCUAAGGCCUCCUCGGAAUCUGCGCAUCACUGAGGUGGACCACAGUUCUGUUCGCCUUAAAUGGGACGCACCGUCCAACAGCGUUACAGGAUACCGAGUAAUGUACCUCAAGACUGGAGGAGCACAAACUAACGAGGUGGAGUUGGGCCCCGUCUCUAGUGUUUAUCUGAAGAACCUGGCGUCUGUAACAGAGUACAGUGUGGCUGUGUUUGCUGUUUAUGGGGACGGCCAAUCAGAAGCACUUAAUGGAGGCUUCAUCACAAAGCUGGUGCCCGCUCCGCUGGACCUCAGGAUCAGUGAAGUGACAUCGGAGAGUUUCCAGGUGAGCUGGACUCAGCCUGCGGAGGGGGUGGUGCUCUAUAAACUGACCUGGAGACCCCUGGGAGAUGCAAACAAUGAAGAGGUGGUGGUGCCUGGUGAUGUAGACUCGUAUGUGGUGAAGGAUCUCUCUGCUCUGACGGAGUACGAGGUGCUGCUGUCUGCUAUUUAUGAAGAUCAGUCUGAGAGCAGUGCUGUGACUGGACUGCAAACCACACUCGAUGGAAUCACCACCACCACCAUCCCCUCCACCACUGCAGCAGUACCCCUCUCUGCCCCCACUAACCUGCGAGUAUCUGAGGAAUGGUAUAACCGCUUUCGCAUCAGCUGGGACCCCCCUGCCUCUCCCACCUCAGGCUACAGGAUCACCUAUAAACCCACUACAGCAUCAGGUCGUCCACUGGAGACGUAUGUAGGUGAGGAUGUGAACAGCCUUCUGGUCCUGAACCUACUGAGUGGAACCGAGUACAGCGUUAACGUUCUCGCCUCAUACGGCACCGGCUCCAGCCCAGCACUCAGCGGCACAGCCAACACCCUGUUUCUUGGAGUGAGCAGACUCAACACAUAUCAGAUAAAGCCUGACAGUCUGUGUGUUCAGUGGGAGCCGGUCCAGCAGGCAUCUGUCUACAGGGUUAUCAUCGAGUCUCUAGAGAAUGGGUGGCGGCAGGAGCAGAGUGUAAAUGGGGGAGUGUCUCAGGAGUGUAUCUACAACCUGACACCCAACACUCAGUACCGGAUCAGCGUACACACACUCCUGCAGGACCUGGAGGGUCCCGCCGUCAGCACUACUGAUAGAACCCUUCCAGUUCCAACCCGACCACCAACUAUUCCACCCCCAACCAUCCCACCAGCCAAAGAGGUGUGUAAAGCAGCGAGGGCGGACCUGGUGUUCCUGGUGGACGGAUCCUGGAGCAUCGGAGACGACAACUUUAAGAAAAUCAUCCACUUCCUGUACAGCACCACUGGCGCUCUUGACCUCAUUAACCCUGAAGGAACACAGGUGGGGAUAGUGCAGUUCAGUGAUGACGCUCGGACUGAGUUUAAGCUGAACUCUUACAGUGAUAAAGAGUCGUUGCUGGACGCUGUGCAGAGAAUCACCUACAAGGGAGGAAACACCAAAACAGGUCAAGCCAUUAAGCAUGUGAAGGAGAAUAUCUUCACGCAGGAGGCGGGGUCAAGGAGAGGAAUCCCCCGGGUGCUGGUGGUGCUGACGGACGGGCGCUCACAGGACGACGUCAACCAGAUCUCCAAGGAUAUGCAGACCGAGGGGUUUAUAAUCUUUGCGAUCGGCUUCGCUGACGCGGAUUAUGGAGAGCUGGUCAAUAUCGCCAGUAAACCCAGUGAGAGACACGUCUUCUUCGUGGAUGAUCUGGAUGCAGUGAAGAAGAUCGAGGAGCAGCUCAUAACCUUCGUGUGUGAGGCGGCGACAGCCACCUGUCCCUCCCUACUGAUGAGUGGAAGCACCCUGGCAGGGUUCAGGAUGAUGGAGAUGUUUGGGCUGGUGGAGAAACAGUACAGUAAUGUGAAGGGAGUUUCUAUGGAGCCUGGAACCUUCAACAGCUUCCCCUGUUACAGACUGCACACGGAUGCCCUCGUCUCACAGCCCACUAGAUUUCUACACCCGGAGGGUCUCCCCUCAGACUACACCAUCUCCAUGCUCCUCCGCCUUCUGCCUGAAACCCCUCAGGAGCCCUUUGCAUUGUGGGAAAUUCUUAACAAAGACAGUGAACCCCUGGUGGGCGUGGUCCUGGACACCUCUGGAAAAACACUGAGCUUCUAUAAUCACGACUAUAUGGGUGAUUAUCAGACCGUGAUGUUCGAGGGGGAGGAGAUCAGCAGGAUUUUCUACGGCAGUUUCCACAAGCUCCACAUGGUGGUCAGUAAGACCUCUGUAAAGUUGGUGAUGGACUGCAGGAUGGUGGGACAGAAGCCCAUCAGUGCAGCGGGGAAUAUCACUGUAGACGGCGUGGAGGUUCUGGGUCGGAUGGUGCGAUCUCGUGGGAAGAGAGACAACUCUGCUACAUUCCAGCUGCAGAUGUUUGAUAUCGUGUGCAGCACUUCGUGGGCGGGGAGGGAUCAGUGCUGUGAGCUUCCAGGCCUGAGAGUAGAACAGGACUGUCCUGCGCUGCCCCAUGCAUGUACCUGCUCUCAGGAGAGUAAAGGACCUCCAGGACCCUCAGGACCACCAGGUGGUCCUGGUAUUAGAGGUCCUCGAGGUGAUCGGGGGGAACCAGGCUCUGAGGGACCUCAAGGUCCGGCUGGUGAAAGAGGACCACCAGGACUGCAGGGACCCUCUGGACCACAGGGGCCGAGUGGGCUUUCCAUGCAGGGGCCACCGGGAGCUUCAGGGGAGAAAGGAGAAAAAGGAGACCCAGGCCUGCCUGGUGCUCAGGGUAUACCAGGGGGCAACGGAGGACCCGGCAGAGAUGGGCCACCGGGUCAGAGGGGUUUGCCAGGGAAAGAUGGACCCCAGGGGCAGAUGGGCCCAGCUGGACCGAUUGGCAGUCCAGGAGCCCCUGGAGCUCCAGGAUCCAGUGGACCUAAAGGACCGCACGGCGAUCAAGGACCUCCAGGCACCCCCGGCACCAAGGGCGAGCGAGGAGAGCGGGGGGAUCUGCAGUCUCAGGCGGUGGUUCGAUCCAUAGCCCGACAAGUGUGUGAACAGCUGAUUCAGAGCCACCUGUCCCGCUACAACUCUAUUCUGAACCAAAUACCCAGUCAGUCUGUGUCCUUCCGGACAGUACCAGGUCCUCCAGGAGAGCCAGGCCGACCAGGACCCCAAGGACAGCAGGGAGAACAGGGUCCUCAGGGCAGACCAGGUUUCCCCGGAGCUAAUGGGGUCAGUGGGCGUCCAGGAGAAAGAGGGCUCCCAGGGGAGAAAGGAGAGAAGGGCAGUACAGGGGUGGGUUCACAAGGCCCUCGUGGCCCCCCAGGACCCCCAGGUCCUCCUGGAGAUGGCCGGACCGGAAGCCAGGGUCCUCCAGGCCGGCCUGGAAUUCAGGGCACUGCAGGACGUCCUGGAACCCCCGGCAGCACUGGACCCUCUGGACCCCCGGGUUACUGCGACCAGAACUCAUGUUUAGGCUACAAUAUCGGAGUACAACCGUUACCUCCCAGCCCCUACCAGAACUACGGACCCUCCAACGCCAACAACGAAGAAGAAGAGGAGGAGGAGGAAGAGGAAGACCCGUACGCCGGUUACCGUGGUUACCCACCCCAGUACUACCAGUCGAACUAUCAUGAACUUCAGCCCAUCCAGAACGGUCACGGCUACCCCGGCUACCCCGGUUACCCUGGUGUCGGUCACCGCUUCCCCCGCAGCCUGACUGAAAACAGUGGAGCUCCACCCACAACACAGGAGGAGAAUACACACUGAUACAGCGUACUAACACACACACACACACACACACUCACCCACUCACCACUAUUACAGACUGUGGGAAAUGUUCAGAAGUGCCUCCUAAAUAUGCAUCAUUAUAGGUGGUUAGAGGAUCACACUCCUGCCCACCUUCACUUUCCACCUGUGUGUAAAUCUGAAUCUGCAUGCAGUCAUUUUAAACCACCAUUGGAAUGGGAGGAGGGGGGAGGGUGUAAAUGGGGUGUACAUAGCUUUUUUGUGGGCGGGGCUGUGGGUGGGUCAUCAUGGUGGGCCACAUUUGUACUUCAGUCUUUAUAAAGUGAAUGAAGGUGGAGUUCCGGUGCUUCCGUGUUGUUAAUGCUUCCUGGGUGUGCAGAACCGGCCGCUGUGUAAGGUUUUUUAUUGGCGAGUGUGUGUGUGUGUGUGUGUGUGUGUGUGUGUUCUGGGCCUCUGUUUUGUGUGGUGUUGGGGUGGUGAUAAGUCAAGGCUGUGUUCUGCCUCCAAACCCAAAACCUAAUUUAUUUUUUACUUGUUUUGUUUUUUUGUAACCAAUAAAAUUGUACUACAACAGUGA